AUGAUAGUGGAGCUCACACUGACUAUGGUCAAAAACUUUGCCGGUGAGUGGGUAUCAGCUACUCCAAUCCCUGGAUCAUUAAUCUGCAACAUCGGUGACAUGUUAAAGAUACUUUCAAACGGAGUAUAUGAAUCAAGGAUUCAUAGAGUGAUCAAUAACUCUCCUCGAUACCGUGUAUGUGUUGCAUUGUUCUACGAGGGUAACUUCGACGCAGAGGUGAAGCCAUUGGAUAUCUUCAAAGACAAGUACCCAGGAAAUGAAAUAUCUCAAGAUUCCAACAGAGUAGUCUAUGGAGAGUAUCUUGUUAACAAACUCCAUAAGACCUUUGCAAUUUUAGACGGAACACAAUUAAUCUGA